CUGCAGGGAAGUCAACAUUUGUGAAUAUUCUCAAACAAGCUGAUGAGGAAUGGGAAGUUGUUCCUGAGCCUGUAGCUAGAUGGUGCAAUAUUCAGCAAAACUCUGAAGAGGAUUGCGAGGAGCUGACUGAAUCACAGAAGAGUGGCGGGAAUGUGCUUCGGAUGAUGUACGAGAAACCAGAGAGGUGGUCUUUCACUUUCCAGACAUAUGCAUGUCUCAGCAGGAUCCGGGCUCAGCUCAGAUCCCUUGAUGGCAAACUCAGAGCGGCAGAGAAUCCCGUGGUCUUCUUCGAGCGAUCUGUCUACAGCGACAGAUACAUCUUUGCAGCGAACUUGUACGAGUCUGACUGCAUGAAUGAAACCGAAUGGACUAUUUACCAAGACUGGCAUGACUGGAUGAAUAAGCAGUUUGGUCAAAGCCUGGUGCUGGAUGGGAUCAUUUAUCUCCGAGCCACUCCCGAGAAAUGCUUAAAUAGGAUUUACUUGCGUGGAAGAGAUGAAGAGCAAGAAAUUCCCAUUGAAUAUCUGGAGAAGCUUCACUACAAACAUGAAAGCUGGCUUCAGCAUAGGACACUGCGAACGGAUUUUGAGUAUCUACAGGAAAUACCUAUUUUAACCUUAGAUGUUAAUGAGGACUUCAAAGGCAAGAAGGACAGAUACGAUCACAUGACUGAAAAGGUCAAAGAAUUUUUGAGCACCUUAUAAUCCUCUUUGAAGCGCAGGCAGAGUCAAACUGUUCCAAACAUCUGUGCAAUCAAAGUCUGAAGUACAGCUUCUGCUUUUACAGAAAGCCUCUGGAGAGGCAGGACUCAAUCCUGUUGGUUUAAUUGUGGGCAACAAAAACAUUUUGUGAAUAGGGAAACUAUUAAAUAAAUCAGUAGGUCUGUUUAGUGUUCUGUUAAGUACCACACACAAAUUCUGAAGAUACUAGAAUUCUGGGAGUUCCCAAAUAUUGUGCCAGUUUCUCAUCAGACCGAAUAAGUUCUUCUGGAGUAUUUUAUUGUAUUUUUUAAUUUAUUUUGUGCCCAGUAGCUAUUUAAUUUUCAAGAAGGUAGUGGGUUUUUUAGAUCUCUUGAGUGUUU